GUUUGGAUGAGAGAGAGAGAGACAAGGCUGAGCCAUUAUGCUGAGCCAAGUGCAAUCUUUGUUUCUCUGCAUCUUAUGCAAUUUUGCAAAUCUCUCCAAGGAAAAAUGGAUUGAUCAACUAAUGGAAGCACCUGUGGAAAAACUACAUGAUGCCAACGAGACAAUGGAGUCCUUAUCCCAUGAGGCACCCUGGUUUGACUACCCUGACUCCGAUAAAGAGAAGAUCUUAGCUGUCUAUAAGUUUAUUGGAGAAAAGCCCGAAUUUAUUGCUCCAAGCGCCUUCCCUCAGCUGCUGCGCUACAUCCUGGUGGGAUCCAUUCUCCUCAUCCUGCUGUUCUUUGUUUUUCAGAUUGUCCAAGUGCAUGAGGGUCAAUGAAGAGGAUACUUCAAAAGUAUUGAAAUGUUGACAGGGAAACCUCACAUUAUUUCCCAGAAGGAGAUUUGCUGUGUAAGGGGCACUGUGAUAUCUUUGUGAAAAAUAAAAAUGCUGAGGCAGUUUUCACAUCCUUAAGAAAAACCUUA